AAACAGUGCCAGCUAAAAGCGCAACGGAGAUCGAGCGUCUGAGACCGCCGGAAGAUUGACGACAAUAAUCCGGAAUAAUGCCAGCGAUCAUGGGCAGGACUGGAUCGCUCCUGCUGAUCGCCGUGCUCAUAAUCAUCCUGGAUGCUUUACUCAGCCCGGUGGAUGGCAAUCUGUGGACACGACACAAUAGCAAUGCCUAUCAAACCAGGAGGCGCUCAGGUCCCAGCAAUCGGUGUCCCAAGGUGGGCGCCAUUAAAAACUUCGAUUUGGAACGCAUGAUGGGCUGUUGGCACGUGGUUCAGUAUUACGCAUCCACAGAGGAACUUCCGGAAUACGCGUGCAUGCGCAGUCACUUCUCCUUCUCCAAAGAGGAUCAACAUAUAACGAUGAACUUUAGCUACAUAUUCGCGGAGGAUCCGCUGCGCGAGAAGCUGGUGGGCAACAUCACCUGGAUGAUACCCAAAUUCGAAGAGCCAGGACAUUGGCAGCACACGGAGGACAUAUAUGAGGGCAUCUACAACACAUACGUUUUGGACACGGAUUACGAUACCUGGGGCCUGGUGAUGCACUGCGCCGAGAAAAAGAAGCAACCACGUUACCUGUCCGCACUGCUUUUGUCCCGGAAAACAUCGCUGGCCGACAACGAGAUCAGCUUCCUGCGCGGCAAGUUGCCGCAGGAUAUCGACACAUCCUUUAUGUUCGACAUCGGCCAGGAAUCGUGCGAAAACCUAAUGGAAUCCAGUCGUGACGAUCCGCUGGCCUAUGUGGUGAAUGGAAACCAGAGAGCCAAGGAAAUCUUCAAGAUUGUCAAUAAGCUGUGACAGUGAGCACAUGCACAUAAAUAUAGACGUAUUAUUAGUCUAAAUAAUCAUCUAAGAAAAAAAUAUUAUACCAAAAAUCGAUUUAUUUUGUCGAUAAUAAAAAUUUAAAAAUUCA